GAACCCCUUUUUUUGGUAUUUGACCCAUGUAAUCAUAUAAAUAGGAAUUAUAGAUAAAUUCAUGAUAUUGAAAAAAGUCAUGAAUUUGUAGAGUGAUUGUCACAUUAUCAAUUUGUUCACUUUCUCUGUUUACGAUUAAUUUUUCGUUUUCACAAAAACCAUAUAAGAUUCAUGUGUAUAUUUCACUAGAAUUCCAGAUUGUGCUAUUUUUAUUCAUUGUAUGUCUCUGUCCUAAUGAAUAGGAAAUGUUCGGUGUGUAUUGAUUAUAUACCGCUAGCUCAUCAUAAUUGCUUUGUAUUAGUUCAAUUUUAUUGUUCAUCUGAUUUGGCAUAAGGGAGGUUGAAAACGAUUCGAAUAUCGUCAGACCAAUAUCACUUUAAUAAAAGACAGAACUGAGAUAAUUUUUCACGUCAGGACUGGGCUCCAGCUUCCUACCCACUGGUGUUUUUUGUUUUGAUCUCUACCAUAAAAUAUCAACGCAAAUUAAUCUCAAGUUCAACUCGGAACUUUGAAUUAUUAUUAGAAAUUGAAUUUUAAAAAUAUUGUUAUUUGUAAGAGUAAGAAGUAUAAAUGUGAUAAAUAAUUAGGAGCUGAAGCCACUAAAAUUUUGGGUAGCCAAUUAUGGUAAGCUUAGCUUUAGGCUCUAACAUAAUGUUACGGCUCCUCUGCCCUGGCCCACACAAAGUAUCUUCAAGUGUUAUAGUAAACGGAAGGGUGUUCAAGUAUAUUUUGAUGUUUCUAUUAUUUCGCAUAAGGACUAUUUCAUGCUUGCUGUGCUGUUAUAUAUGUGACUGAAUAACAUAAUAAUACUGUUCAUGUUUUUAUUAUUUUUUUUUGAUAAAUGUUGUUAUGAAAGUACAGAAUUAUAUGUUCAUAAGGUAAUACUGGGUUUGCUACCAUGCAAUUCAUUUUCAUAUUACAUUAAGAGUAGAUUUGUUGUGCAAUGUUUUAUUUAACUAAUGCUCAUUGAAUUUGUGCGAACUUGCUUAUUACAGAUUGUAGUGUAUGUCAGGGAGAAUCUAGUGGGAGGUGGUUACGUGGGUCAUAACCCCCAACCUCCCCGUUUGAAGAUUUUUUUGAUGCAAUGUAAUUUUUAAUUUCUGCGAGGCGAGUUACAAGCAAUACUGGAAUAUAUUCAAUGGCGUUCCGCCGGUAACGACACACAAUUCUCAGUUUGAGCCGUGCAUUGUACCUUUGUUGCAUUUUUAAUGCCAAUGUGACCCCCCCGGUAAAAAAUCCUGGCUGCACCCCCUGGUGUAUGUAUAGAAAUUAGAAUUGUUGCAUUCAAAUAAUGAAGUGUCGAUUUUAUAAUAAAUGUCUAUCAUUGCAGGAUUGAUACUCUUUCAGUCCAUAAAAUUUCGUUUUUGCUUUCUCCCAGAUUGUCCAAUUGUCACUCUUUUGUUUUGUGUAUAGGUUCAUAAUUAUUACUUUUUAAAUUUGAUCGAUAAAAUACAAAAAUGCAAGAGCCUGUCGACCAUACCACACAUAAUCCAGACUUGGUGACUGUUAUGGCCGAAUGGAGAAACCGUACCAGGAGGAGGAAUUGUUACACACCAUGUUGCAGACAAAUUUUUUGCGACAAGGGGCAAUAAUCUGGACAUGGCAGUGGAAGAUGUGAAGAACCAACAGUUGAAUCAAGAAAUUGAUGGAUUGGUCCUUGGAAGAUGGCUUCUAACAGAAAUAUCGUCUUGGAAUCGGGACAAAGAACGACUGGUUAUACUUUGCGAGAACAACAUAAUAAUUUGCAAAUAUGAUUAUGUGGCGAUGAAGCUGGCCUCUAUCCAGAGAAUUGCGCUGAAACAGCUGAAAGAAGUUCAUAACGGCAAUUUCGAUUAUCCACCCAAUUCUGUUUCUGUUCCUCGCCUGUAUAAAGGGGUUCGAAUAACAUGGGGAACGAUGGAUAACCAACCGUGGUAUCAGAAAUGGAACCCACUCAACACAGACAUACCAUUUUCAACUUUUACUUCUCAUCCUGUGUUGGCCUUACCAGACCUCGAGACAAAAGAAGCGUAUGACGUGCAAUCAUUCCUCUCUGGCUUGAAACAAGCAUUGGAGAAAGUCCCGAAUAUCAAAUACAUUGACAACCAGCCCAUCAUUAUUGAAUCUUACGCUGGAUUCGCAUCUUACGUUCACAACCAAAGCAGGCUUGGGUUCUCCAGAGAGCGUGGUGGUGUUAGCUUUUGAAACAAGAACAUAUUCUUCAGUCAUUUCUUGAUUUUGAUCAUUGUCAUGCGUGAUCGAAUCUUGGUUGGGAAAUAUAGCCGACUAAUAUAUUCUAGGUUAUGAUUUGACAUAAUGUAUAUAUACCUGUGUAAUAUGGUUAUUAUUAUUAAUUAAUAUUGUUCAUGACUUUGCACUUUUCUUUUCUCUUUUCACUAUAUUUGUAUAGCUUAAAUUGCUAUGAGCAUCGAAAGAAACAAAAACCAUCAAUACUCUCCUCAUCUUAUUAUUUUGUCGCGAUUUACGCGACUCCUCCACGUACUAAUCAAUGCCAAGUCCAUGUGAUGGUAUGUUCUACGUCUCCCAUAAGAAUAAAACAUAGUUAGCUUAUCAAUUUUCAGACUCAUUGAUCCCCAUUAC